UCUCUGUCCGGGAAGCUUCACUCCCAAAUCAUCCCUGGCCAGGAAGCUUCGCUCCCAGAUCGCCUCUUCCUGGGAAGUUUCACUUCCAAAUCACCUCUACCCGGGAAGCUUCGCUCCCAAAUCGCCUCCUACUGGGAGGUUUCGCUCCCAAAUCUCCUCUUCCCAGGAAGCUUCGCUCCCAACUCGCCUCUUUCCGGCAGGUUUCACCUCCAAAUCGCCUCUUGCCAGGAAGCUUCGCUCUCAGCUCGCCUCUUGCCAGGAGGUUUCGCUCCCAACUCGCCUCUUGCCAGGAGUUUUCACUCCCAACUCACCUCUUCCCGGGAGGUUUCGCUCCCAAAUCGCCUCUACGCAGGAAGCUUCGCUCCCAACUCGCCUCUUCCCGGGGGCUUUCCCUUCCCAACUCUCCUCUCCCCGGGGACCCGACGUGCUCCUGAAGUUCUGCCUCAGGCUGGGCUGAAGCACAACAAGUUCCACCUGCCCCCGACCCAGUUUGCAGGGCUCAGGCAGGUGAUUUUGUUCCUCCUUUUUUUGUUUCUUUGCUCCUUCGCCUCUGUGUGUGAACACCAAAGACCAAAAAGUCUGCCUGGAAAGCCUGGGAGAGGUCGGGAGAAGCCGUGGGGGAGAGCUGUGGUGUUUUGGAUAUACCUGACACAGAGCCUUGGCACCUCUGCUCCGAGGACUCAUAUGGCUUGAAGCUAUGACUAUGAGUUCAGUUGCUUCUUCUCUCUGUACAUCCCUCCCAAUUAUCCUGGGUGGAGCUGGAACCUGGCACCUUUCCCUCCAUGGAUCCCCUAAACCUCUCCUGGUACAACGGUGCCAUCGAGGACAGGAACUGGAGCAAGCCACUCAACGAGUCCAAUGCUGCCCAGAAGCCUCACUACAACUACUAUGCCAUGCUGCUCACCCUCCUCAUCUUCGUCAUCGUCUUUGGCAACGUGCUGGUGUGCAUGGCUGUGUCCAGGGAGAAAGCCCUUCAGACCACCACCAACUACCUGAUCGUCAGCUUGGCAGUGGCAGACCUCUUGGUAGCAACUUUGGUCAUGCCUUGGGUGCUCUACUUGGAGGUGGUGGGGGAGUGGAGGUUCAGUCGGAUCCACUGUGACAUCUUUGUAACCCUGGAUGUUAUGAUGUGUACUGCCAGCAUCCUCAACCUCUGUGCCAUCAGCAUUGACAGGUACACAGCAGUAGCAAUGCCCAUGCUGUACAACACUCGCUACAGCUCCAAGCGCAGGGUCACCGUCAUGAUCUCGGUGGUCUGGGUGCUCUCCUUUGCCAUCUCCUGCCCUCUCCUCUUUGGCCUCAACAACACAGACGAGAACGAGUGCAUCAUCGGCAACCCUGCCUUCGUGGUGUACUCCUCCAUCGUGUCCUUCUACGUGCCCUUCAUGGUGACGCUGCUGGUCUAUGUGCAGAUCUACAUCGUGCUGCGGCGCCGCCGCAAGCGAGUCACCACCAAGCGCAGCAGCCACGGCCGCCGCGCCCCGGCCCCUGCCCCGCUCAAGGACAAAUGCACUCAUCCAGAAGACGUCAAACUCUGCAGAGUUCUUGUCAAGUCCAACGGCAGCUUCCAAGUUAAUAAACACAAAGUGGAGGAAAAGAGUCACAUAGAGAUGGACAUGGAGCUGGUGUCCAGUACCAGUCCCCCUGAGAAAACCACCAUCCAACCUGCAGCACCAAGUAACCAUCAGUUGGUUGUGCCAUUUCCUUCUAACCAGGGCACCAACUCAACCCUACAGGCACCCUUGGACAGCCCUGGGAAAGUAGAGAGGAAUGGACACACCAAAGAAACACCUCACACAGCCAAGGCCUUUGAGAUCCAGUCCAUGCCCAAUGGCAAAUUAAGGACCUUCCUCAAGGCUGUCAACAGGAGGAAACUGUCCCAGCAGAAGGAGAAGAAAGCCACCCAGAUGCUGGCCAUUGUCCUGGGGGUUUUCAUCAUCUGCUGGCUCCCAUUCUUCAUCACUCACAUCCUGAACAUGCACUGUGACUGCAGCAUCCCCCCAGCCAUGUACAGUGCCUUUACGUGGCUCGGCUAUGUCAACAGUGCUGUCAACCCCAUUAUUUACACCACCUUCAACGUGGAGUUUCGCAAGGCUUUCAUGAAGAUCCUCCACUGUUAAAGGGGGGAGGAAAGGAGGAGAGGAAAGAAAGGAAAAAAAACAAUCCCCCUCCCCCCAAACAGCCAAACAGUUCCAAUCUGAACCCAGCCCCAGCGUUUCGGAGAAGGAGGUUUCCACUCUGCAAGGCAAGGAAAGCCUCUGGCCUCGGUGCCAGGCACUUGGAGCACAGCAGAAGCUGCCCAAACCGAGGUGGAGAUGGGACCCAUUGACCUGCAACCAGCUGCAAGGCUGCAGGAGGGGGAGGGAGGAGUUUCCUUCUGCUAACAAAGGUGCUCUGGAGCACUUUUGUGCGCUCCCAGAGCAGGAAGGGGCUCACAUUACUCAGCCCAGCCCACUGGAAAUGAGGUCUCAGCCUCUAAUGUCUACCACUGAAGAUGUGCAGACCAUCAGCCAAGUGCCCUCCGCUCACCUCUGGCAUUCAGGUACAUUUGGUACUUCUGCCCAGCCGAGGAACAGCUCACGUUGAGGGGAGAGCUGUCGUGGGUCUCUAUGAUGUACUUCUCCCCAGGGCUGCCUGCAGGUGACCCAGAGAGCUCCCAGAUGGUUGUGUCCUCAGCCAAGGGACAAGUGAUGGUCACUGUGGUUCCAGAAAUCUCCACUGGAUCAAAGUGGGGCAGUGAGGAGGGAAAGCAGCACUGCCAACAGCUCCUGAGCACCAUCUGUGCACACCAACGGGCAGCUGUGGGGAGGUCUCCCAGCUCUUGUACUGGGCAUCAGGCUUGCAGCAUUACAGCCUGGGUACCUCUUGGUCUUGGGCCUUCAUCUAGGAGGAUCUCUGACCCCCUGGAGGUGAUCUGUGGGCUGUGGGAUGCCAAACCCAAAGGCGUUUUUGGGAGCUACCCUCACACUGUGUUAAAAGCAGGAGGGAAAACCCAGCCAGGCUGGCUUGGUCCUUGCCUGUGGCCAUCUAACUGUGCAUUAAACACAGCCAGCCACAGAGCCACGUGAAGGUAGAGACAGGGCACUGCCACCACUGGCUGGCAUCACAUCCUUGGUAUAACCCUCACCAAAGACAGGAGGAUCUCUUCUGCUUUGCAACAGGAGCCAGGCGGAGCUCGUGGGAACUCCAUGCAACAGCUUUGCCUUUGCCUCCAGCUGACUUACCAGGCCUUGAGGAAAGACUUUAAGAGGUCCCCAAGAGGGGGCUGAGGAGGUUCUGCCACAACCAGACCCAAUCCCUGCAACAAUACAGACCUACAAGCAACGGGCAGAAGGAGGGAGGGGAGCACAAGUCUCACGUGGGACCACCACAGCAGUGUAGAUAGGAAUCCGUGGAAGGAGCUGAGCAGAAGCCCAAGCUGAAAGCAGGGUUGGAGGGGAGCACCCUCAGGGGUCAUCUUGUCCAUCCUCACAAGAAGUGAUGCAUUGUACUGCAUGGUAGACAUCCAGCUCAAACAGGACUCCAGCUCCCAUCUCAUCAGCCAGCCCAAACUCAAACAGGACUCCAGCUCCCAUCUCAUCAGCCAGCCCAAACUCCAACAGGACUCCAGCUCCCAUCUCUCAGCAGCCAGCCCAAACUCCAACAGGACUCCAGCUCCCAUCUCAUCAACCAGCCCAAACUCCAACAGGACUCCAGCUCCCAUCUCAUCAACCAGCCCAAACUCCAACAGGACUCCAGCUCCCAUCUCAUCAACCAGCCCAAACUCCAACAGGACUCCAGCUCCCAUCUCAUCAACCAGCCCAAACUCAAACAGGACUCCAGCUCCCAUCUCUCAGCAGCCAGCCCAAACUCCAACAGGACUCCAGCUCCCAUCUCUCAUCAACCAGCCCAAACUCCAACAGGACUCCAGCUCCCAUCUCUCAGCAGCCAGCCCAAACUCCAACAGGACUCCAGCUCCCAUCUCUCAUCAACCAGCCCAAACUCAAACAGGACUCCAGCUCCCAUCUCUCAUCAACCAGCCCAAACUCAAACAGGGUUCCAGCUCCCAUCUCUCAUCAGCCAGCCCAAACUCCAACAGGACUCCAGCUCCCAUCUCAUCAACCAGCCCAAACUCCAACAGGACUCCAGCUCCCAUCUCUCAGCAACCAGCCCAAACUCCAACAGGGUUCCAGCUCCCAUCUCUCAUCAGCCAGCCCAGCAGGGCUCUCUGGCCACCAGCAUCUCAUCUCCAGGCUUUUACACAGGGGAAGAGCCUUGGUGUGGGUAGUGGAGGAGAGUGGAGCAGCUCAGGCAUCUGCAGCCCUGUCUGCUUCAGAUGGGAACUUGAACACCUCACAGGCUCCCAGGAUGUUAGGGGUUGGAAGGGACCCAUGGAGAUCAACCAGUCCAACUCCACCUGCCAGAGCAGGACAAUGCUGUCUAACACAGAACCUCAGCUAAGUUAGGUUCCAGUUCUCACCUCACUUCAGCUGCUAUUGAAGCUAAGCACCACCUCAGAGCUGUUUGCCUGUGGUUCUCAGCAGGCAGACUGCAGAACAGCAUCGUGCCUGAUUUCAAUGAACAAUAAAUGAGACAAAACUCUGGGCUUGGAGGGGGGGAAAAAGCCAGAACAGAAGGCCAAGAACGUCCCUAGCUGGAUGUACUCCUGUGUCCAAGCUGGGCUCUGGAAAGGUCUGGAUGUUUCCAGCAUCUUUUACCCUUUGCUGUCUGUCUGUCAUGGAUUAGAGCAACUGAGAACUCCUAACAGCAUCAUCUCACCAGGCUGAGUCUGGCCUUGCCAAACCCACACUGCACUUAGCUGUGCUCAGCCCAUGCUCCACUUUGUAAUAUCUCUGUAAAUAGGAUGCAGGAAGCUGAAUAAAUGCCAUGGAAAUAGGUCUGGCAAGAGCCUGCCUGCAGGGCUAGAGGAUGACAACAGCCAUAUGGGGAGGCAGGCUCCCACCUUGUAGUCACUGCUGCUCUAACACAGCCUGGAGAGCUGCAGAGUCCCAGCCCCUGUGCAUGCAGUUGGUGGUGGCAGAGCUGCUGCAAGAGCACUGCCCCGGGGGGGAGUUCUUUUGUUCUCUGGGUUUCUUGUCUGGGUCACAAAGCAUUUUCUGGGGGUGGGUUGUGUUGGCAGGGUGGGUGCCAGCUGCAGACCAAGAAGAGCUGGUGGCAAGCAGCUGCAACAGAGGCUUUUGUGAAACAGGAGUCCCACCUUGAGCCAAAGGUUGCCAGUCAUAAGGGACCCCAGAGCUGGCUGCCAGUGCCUAAAGGGAGGAUGCAGAGGGACUUGUCCUGGGGGUGUCUAGGGACAGGCCAAGGGAGAAUGGUCUGAAGCUGAGGCAGAGCAGGGUCAGACUGGAGCUGAGGAAGAAGCUCUUCAGCAGGAGGGUGGUGAGACACUGGCACAGGCUGCCCAGAGAGGCUGUGGCUGCCUCCUCCCUGAGGCUGUUCAAGGCCAGGUUGGAUCAGGCACUGGACAAGCAAAUCUGGUUGAGAGGUGUCCCUGCCCACAGCAGGGGGGGUUGGAGCAGAUGAUCUUUGAGGUCCCUUCCAACCUAAACCAUCUGAGGCUUCUAUGAUCUCUGAGAUCCCUUCCAACCUGAACCAUUUGAGGCUUCUAUGAUCUCUGAGAUCCCUUCCAACCUAAACCAUUUGAGGCUUCUAUGAUCUCUGAGAUCCCUUCCAACCUAAACCACUUGAGGCUUCUAUGAUCUCUGAGAUCCCUUCCAACCUAAACCAUUUGAGGCUUCUAUGAUCUCUGAGAUCCCUUCCAACCUAAACCAUUUGAGGCUUCUAUGAUCUCUGAGCUCCCUUCCAACCUAAACCAUUUGAGGCUUCUAUGAUCUCUGAGAUCCCUUCCAACCUAAACCACUUGAGGCUUCUAUGAUCUCUCAGAUCCCUUCCAACCUAAACCACUUGAGGCUUCUAUGAUCUCUCAGAUCCCUUCCAACCUAAACCACUUGAGGCUUCUAUGAUCUCUGAGAUCUCUUCCAACCUAAACCAUUUGAGGCUUCUAUGAUCUCUGAGAUCUCUUCCAACCUGAGCCAUUCAGCAGGAUGCUGCCAAGGGAUUGGGUGGGAAGAGUCAGUGACAAACCACUACUGGCUUUUCUCCCAUGCCUGCAGCCACAGAGCAGGGAAGUGCCACCUGACUUAGGGCUGUGACAGGUGAGGAGCUGAAUCCAGGUAGAAAAGCAGACAGCUAGAGACCAAACCCAAGCUUUCAGACCAUGGUGACAUUUGCCUUGCACCAAAAGCUGGCAUGAGGCCUCCAAAGGAGGGAGAUGUGAGCUGCAAGCGAGCUUCGUGCAGUGAUUUGGUUCUGUGUUCAGCCUUAACCUAGGACAAAAAAUCACCUCCCACCCUGGGCACCUUGCUCCAGACUUCUGUUUCUGAGCCUAGAUGCACAACUCUAACUCAAGUGGUGUGAACUGCUACAAGAAAAACUCUUCCUCAACACCACGGUGGAGAAAAGCUGCUGAGAGUGGGGCUGUGCCCUUCAUCUGGACCCCAAACAACCUCCCCCCUUCUGGUGUCAUCUCCUAGACAUUAACUAUCUGCUGGCAGAAACUGCUUGCAGCCUCUCACCCAUCCCAAUGACCACUUUGAGCCACUCUAAAAGGCACCUGGUGUGAGUCUCUCUACCCUCACUGCCCUUGGAAAGGUGGCACUGCCAUGUCCCUGCUCCUCUGCAGCAGCUUCUCCUCCCCCACGAAGCAUCUACACUCGGAGCUGACCCACCUAAAGCUCUUCCUAACCCUGAGUCAAGCCUUCAGCACUCUUUUUUUUCUGAGGGAGGACCAAAAUAUAUCAGCAUCUCUGGCUCUACAAAGAACCAACUCCUGCCCAGAGCAAGGACAACCUCUGCAGACUGUGCACAAGCCUGGCACAGCCCCCAGCAGCCUGCAGCUGGGCUGGGAAGUGUUUGGAGAAGCUGCUGGUAGCUGCCAGGAGCCAGCUGCAGCACACAGGACUCUCAGGCCUCUUGCCCACUGGCAAGUGCAGAUUCAGACAUGGCAACAGGUUGGGAGGGACCCUCCAAAGGCAUCUUGUUCAAACCCACCCCCCCUGCAGGCAGCAGGGACAGCUCCAGCUGGAGCAGGCUGCAGAGGGACACAGCAAGGCUGAGCUUGGCUGGCUGCAGGGAUGUGGCCACAAGCACAGCUCUGGGCAGCCUGUGCCAGGGUCUCAGCAGCCUCCUGGUGAGGAGCUUCUCUCUGCCUUGCCAAGGACUUCAGACAUGCUGCUGAUGGGAAGGGUCCUGAGAGCUGGGGUUUUUAAGACACAUUAGUGAGAAGGUUUCACUUCUUCACUCCAGAAGAGCUUGGGACCUUUGCUCACUCUCUUGUUUUGUGACUCCUCCUUUGCAGCUGAAACUUUAGUUCUGCUUUAUUGAAGUCUUCCUCUCCCUGUUUCUCUCCCCUGCAGUUCCCAGCUCACCCAAACCCCUCUGGGUCUCUGCAGCCCCUGAACAACUUUUCAUUAAGAAGCUACUGAAUUCUGCCUGCACUGUGUUUGGCUCUUGCCUGCUUGCUCCCCACCCUCCUUUCCCCCCCCUCCCCACUCCAUUCAUGAUGCUGUUUGUCUUUCUGAUUGAAGAGCAAACUAAUUACAGUCAACCUAAGCAGCUUGUUAAAUCCUGCUGAAAUUAAAAGGAAAGCAAAGGGGGGGAGGGGGAGGGGAAGGGAAAACCACCACCACCACCACCAAAAAGUCACUACCUCUGUGGUGAAGAUCUCCAAGUGCAAACAUGGCUCCUUGAAGAGCCCAGAAUGUAGAACACCCAUCACAGGCACCUGUGACACCAACCAAUGUCUUCAUGCAGCACUGCCAUUAAAGAGAGACUUGCACAAAGCCCC